AUGUACUUUAUUUUACUUGCAAAUUACCAGGCCCAAUCAGUCUACUAUGCUGGUAUUCCCGGCAUGCAUGGCAAACCUGGUUCCCCUGGGAUACCAGGCCGCGACGGACGAGAUGGCCGUGAAGGAGCCAAAGGUGACCAAGGUAUCCCAGGCAAGACUGGACCCCAGGGGCCUCCAGGACCAAGCGGAAACCCUGGUGUUAAUGGAAAGGAUGGCGCUAAAGGGGAACGCGGAGCCCAAGGACCCCCAGGACAAAAGGGGGAACGCGGGGAGAGUGGAUUAAGUGGAACCCCUGGGAAUCCAGGUCUGAUGGCUUUUAAGAACUGGAAGGAAUGCGUUUGGAGUAACAUUAAUGAUGGCAAAGAUAACGGGCUGAUCAAGGUUUUAAAAUUUUUCUGUUUUUUCUUUCCAUGUGAAGAAAAUUUGCCUCAUAUUUUAACGACUUUGACUUUAUAUUUUUGUCUGACACAUUGUAAAAGAUUCGAGAAUCAGCUGAUAAUGAGCAGAACCAAUUUUCCUUUGAAGUGAUUCUAGUGUAAAGUUUCAUUCAGAUAGUGGUAUUUCUUUUUAUGCACAGGAUUGUGUGUUCAUGAAAAACUUCUCUGACACAUCUCUUCAUGUAUACUGGACGGGUACACUUAGAGUCCAAGGGUGCUCAGGCUGCUGCAAACGCUGGUACUUUACUUUUAACGGUGCGGAAUGUUCAGCUCCUCUACCCAUUGAUGGUGUUGUGUACGUCCGCAGCAAAUCUGUAGAUCCUCAUCGUGUCCGCCAUAUUGAGGGCUACUGUAACAACAUCCACAAGGGAAAGGUGCGCGUGGGAUUCUGGGUUGGUAAAUGCAAUGGGUACAGUGGAAACGUUGACGCCUACACAGGAUGGAAUUCUGUGUCGCGAAUCUUCAUUGAGGAGGUUCCCAAAGCACAAGCUUAG